CUGGUGUGCACUGGGAUGUGCUGUGCACAGUGCGGUGCCCCUGCCCACGCUCUCCUUCUGCCCGCAGUGAGCUUUGCAGCCUGCGGCAGGCGGCCGUGGGCCGUGUAUGUUCCGGCUGAUACACGCUUCAAGGUGAACGUGGAUGGCGUUGUCUCAACAAAACGGCCAUUGACGCUCCAUGGGAGGGAGAUCAGCUUCAUCAUCUACGCACGGGAUGCCACAGGCAAGAGGCACUCAGCCCGGGUGACUGUGGGAAGGCAGAGGCACCGCCGCCACCACCACCACAACCACCACCUGCAGGACAUGACGCCGGCUGUGCUGACCUUCCCCAAGCACGACUCCGGCUUCCUCCGGAGGCAGAAGAGGGAUUGGGUCAUCCCCCCCAUCAGCUGCCUCGAGAACCACCGGGGGCCGUACCCCAUGAGGCUGGUGCAGAUCAAAUCCAACAAGGACAAAGAGUCCAAGGUGUACUACAGCAUCACGGGGCAGGGCGCGGACAGCCCGCCCGUGGGCAUCUUCGUCAUCGAGCGCGAGACGGGGUGGCUGGAGGUGACCGAGCAGCUGGACCGGGAGAAGAUCGAUCGCUACACCCUCUACUCCCAUGCCGUGUCCGAGAAUGGCAAACCCGUGGAGGAGCCAAUGGAGAUCAUAGUGACGGUGACGGACCAAAAUGACAACAAGCCCCAGUUCACACAGGAGGUGUUCCGGGGCUCUGUGCCUGAAGGCGCGCUGCCAGGCACUUCGGUGAUGCAGGUGAACGCCACGGAUGCUGACGAUGAUGUGGAGACCUACAAUGGUGUCAUCGCCUACUCCAUCCUCAGCCAGGAGCCACGGGAGCCCCAUCCCGACAUGUUCACCGUCAACCGCGCCACCGGCACCCUCAGUGUCAUCGCCAGCGGCCUCGACCGGGAGCGCGUGCGGGAGUACACGCUGACCAUGCAAGCAGCCGACCUGGACGGGCAGGGGCUGACCACGACAGCACUGGCUGUGAUUGAGAUCACGGAUGUCAAUGACAACGCCCCUGAGUUUGACCCCAAAAUGUAUGAAGCGGCUGUGCCAGAGAAUGAGGCUGAGCUGGAGGUGGCCCGGUUGGCCAGCACGGACCUGGAUGAGCCACAGACACCAGCGUGGCGUGCUGUCUACUCCAUCGUGCGUGGCAAUGAGGGUGGUGCCUUCACCAUCACCACUGACCCUGCCAGCAAUGAGGGUGUCCUGCGCACGGCCAAGGGUCUGGACUACGAGGCCAAGCGCCAGUUCGUGCUCCAUGUGUCUGUGGUCAAUGAAGCUCCCUUCGCCAUCAAGCUUCCCACAGCCACGGCCACAGUGAUGGUCAGUGUGGAGGAUGUGAACGAGGCGCCUGCCUUUGACCCGCCGCUGCGGCUGGCCCAGGUGCCGGAGGACGUGCCACUGGGGCAGCCCCUCGCCUCCUAUACAGCCCAGGAUCCCGACAGAGCCCAGCAGCAGCGUAUCAAGUACGUGAUGGGCAGUGACCCUGCGGGCUGGCUGGCUGUGCACCCCGAGAAUGGCCUCGUAACAGCACGGGAGCAGUUGGACCGUGAGUCCCCGUUCACCAAGAACAGCACCUACAUGGCCGUGCUGCUGGCUGUAGAUGAUGGAUUGCCACCUGCCACAGGCACCGGCACGCUGCUCCUCACCCUGCUGGAUGUCAAUGACCACGGCCCUGAGCCUGAGCCCCGUGACAUCAUCAUCUGUAACCGCAGCCCUGUGCCUCAGGUGCUGACCAUCACCGACCAGGACCUGCCCCCCAACACCGGGCCAUUCCGUGCCGAGCUGAGCCACGGUUCUGGGGACAGCUGGGCGGUGGAGGUUGGCAGCGGAGGUGACACCGUUGCCUUGUGGCUGACGGAGCCCCUGGAGCAGAACCUGUACAGCGUCUACCUGCGGCUCUUCGACCGCCAGGGCAAGGACCAGGUCACCGUCAUCAGGGCACAAGUGUGCGACUGCCAGGGCCGGGUGGAGAGCUGUGCCCAGAAGCCGCGGGUGGAUACCGGUGUGCCCAUCGUGCUCGCCGUGCUGGGCGCCGUGCUGGCCCUGCUGCUUGUGUUGCUUCUGCUGCUUCUCCUGGUGAGGAGGAGGAAGGUGGUGAAGGAGCCACUGCUGCUGCCUGAGGACGACACGAGAGACAACAUCUUCUACUACGGGGAGGAAGGUGGGGGUGAGGAGGAUCAGGACUACGACCUGAGCCAGCUGCACCGCGGCCUGGACGCCCGCCCCGAAGUGAUCCGCAAUGAUGUGGCCCCCCCGCUGAUGGCCGCCCCCCAGUACCGGCCCCGGCCCGCCAACCCCGAUGAGAUCGGAAACUUCAUCGACGAGAACCUGAAGGCGGCCGACACGGACCCCACGGCCCCCCCCUACGACUCGCUGCUGGUGUUCGACUACGAGGGCGGUGGCUCAGAGGCCACCUCGCUCAGCUCCCUCAACUCCUCCGCCUCCGACCAGGACCAGGACUACGACUACCUCAACGAGUGGGGCAACCGCUUCAAGAAGCUGGCGGAGCUCUAUGGCGGCGGGGAGGACGAUGACUAGGCAGCCCUCGUCCCCUUGGCUGCCCAAAGCCACAUGACUCUUGCCAUUUCACCCCCUUGGACAUCGGACAUGCACUGGCUCUUGCAGCCCCCUCCAACAGUGUUGGAUCCGUCACUUGCAUCCCUCCCCUUCGGUGCAGGGAAAGCUCAGGGUCACCGGGGCUGGAGGCUUUUGGGGAGCCCACGCUUUUCCUGCCCCCUCAGCCCCACACAGGGCACAGUCCCAUUUGGAGCUCCUUGGGAACAGGCUGGUGGCAGGCGCUCCCUGGCCUGGAGGUGCGGUGCUCCUGGGUCAGCUCCCAGUGCCCGAAUCCCACAGCCCCCACCGCACAGCUGGUGCUCAGCAUCUCUCCCGCUGCAAGGAAAGAGGCCCCCGCUGCCUCUUUCCCUUUGCUACAGGGGAAGGGGUUUCUCCGGCACUCUCCAUAAUACCUCGUGCUCCCAACCCUGACACACUCAGGGUUUGGGAUGGCCUUUGUGUGGAGCUGCUCGUGUGUGUGUGCAGCGCAGGGUGGGUGAUCAAUCACACAGAUCAAUGACGUGCCAUUCUCUUCACAUGAUACACGAGAGAAUUAUAUUUGAUAUAGUACUUAUGGGCAGAUUUCUAUUUUUUUGUAUAACAGGUGAUGAUGUUAUUUCCAUCUGUGUCAUUUGUAAUUAUUGUUCUGUUAAUGAGAGGUACUUUCUGAAAUCAAGUGGCUUUACUUAAACUCUGAACUCCGUGUCUAGCUGUUGUUUUGUAUUUUUAAUAUGGGAAAAGGGCCUGAUGCACGCUGGAAGGCCAGCGAUUGUCUAAGUGUUAAUUGAUGGAAUGAUUUUUAUAUAAAAUUGAAAGAAUAAAUUGUAAGAAAACCAG